CUCAGGAACUACAGAUACUACGAAGAAGAAGAAGAAGAAGAGUGUAAAACGAGAUUGGCCGUGGAAUCGAUGGAGAGUAGAAGGAGAUUGAAUUCUGCAAAGAUCCGUAUUUUCCUAGGGCUUCUCUUCAGCUUCAUUCGCCAUCUAUCUGCUCUGGCGAUUACUGUAAGCGACACGGAAUGCGUGUACGAAUAUGUACUCUAUGAAGGCGACACUGUUUCGGGAAACUUUGUUGUUGUUGAUCACGACAUCUUCUGGAGUUCAGAUCACCCCGGCAUCGAUUUGACUGUGACAUCUCCCGGUGGUAAUAUAGUGCACAAUUUGAAGGGUUCAUCAGGGGACAAGUUUGACUUCAAGGCGCCGCGAAGUGGAAUGUACAAGUUCUGUUUCCAUAAUCCUUAUUUAACACCAGAGACUGUAUCUUUCUACAUACAUAUUGGUCAUAUCCCCAAUGAGCAUGAUCUUGCUAAGGAUGAACAUCUGGACCCCAUAAAUGUCAAAAUUGCAGAACUGAGGGAGGCCUUGGAAUCUGUUACAGCUGAGCAGAAGUAUCUGAAAGCACGUGAGGCACGACAUCGUCAUACCAAUGAGAGCACCCGAAAGCGUGUUAUUUUCUACACACUUGCAGAGUACCUUCUGCUGGGUAGCGCAAGCGCAUUACAAGUGGUGUACAUCCGCCGCCUGUUUAGCAAGUCAGUCGCAUACAAUCGGGUUUGAGUUAAGCCACCUGACUGGUUACUUGUAUUUGUCUAUUUAGUGACUCAGUUUCUGUAGAUUUUUCCUUCAAGCAAAUUAGAGAAUAUAUCUUUUAUUUAUCUAAUAAGGUGAUGUCUUCAUGCUUUUCCCUCAA